CCCGCCUCGACUCGAGCAUCACAAUUUCUCACACAGCCAAUUCCAGCAGCCAAUCCUGACGAAAUGGCAAGAGGCAAGGGUCGUGGAGGCAGAGGCGGCGGCCGAGGUGGUGGCCGAGGUGGUGGCGGCAACGGCAAGCGUGAGAACCGCGAAAACCGCUACCGCACCGAGAUCACAAAAGCACACGAGAAGAUGGAGCACUACUACAACGAGCUCCUCGGACUCUCCGAGGAAGACAAGACGACCUUCUGGGAUGCGCUCCGCCGGGAGCUGCCCAACAGCUUCAGGUUCUGCGGCUCCAAAGGGCACGCCAUCACCGUCAAGCGACUCCUCGAGAACCGAUACAUCCCCGAGAUCGUCACGAUGACCAACUACGACGGCAUGCCCGUUGAGGCUCCCCAGCCCGUGCCUUGGUACCCCGACAACCUGGCAUGGUGGAUGACGACCCCCAAGAACGUUAUUCGCCGCUACCCACCCUUCGCGAAAUUCCAGAAGUUCCUCGUGUCCGAGACCAGUGUCGGAAACAUCAGUCGUCAGGAGGUGGUCAGCAUGAUCCCUCCCCUGCUGUUGGACGUCAAGCCCGGCCAUGUCGUCCUGGACUUGUGCGCCGCGCCCGGCAGCAAGGCCGCUCAGCUCUUGGAGAUGCUCCACCAGGGAGAAGAGGGCCGUAUCCUCAAGGCUCUGCAGUUACACGCAAAUGAGGACGGCCGCGAGGUUCCUGCGUACCCUGGCCUGGACACGGUCGACAUGGAAGUCGACCCCAAAGAUGACGGCCGUGCCACCGGCCUUCUGGUCGCCAACGAUAUGGACUACAAGCGAAGCCAUCUCCUCAUCCACCAGCUGAAGCGUCUUUCCUCGCCCAACAUGAUCGUCACCAACCACGACGCGACACUGUUCCCAUCGUUGCGGCUUCCUUCGGAAGGCUCUGAACAGGUCCAGUACCUCAAGUUUGACCGCAUCCUGGCUGAUGUGCCCUGCUCUGGCGAUGGCACGCUCCGAAAGAAUGUGAACCUCUGGAAGGACUGGAUCCCUGGAAAUGCCCUGGGCCUGCAUGUGACCCAGGUGAGGAUUCUUGUCCGUGCCCUGCAGAUGCUCAAGCCCGGAGGCAGGGUGGUCUACUCGACAUGCAGCAUGAACCCUGUUGAGAACGAGUCUGUGAUUGCGGCGGCGAUUGAGCGCUGCGGUCACGAAAACGUCGAGAUUCUGGAUUGCAGCAACGAGCUCGUUGGUCUCAAGCGCGUUCCCGGAAUGACAAAGUGGAAGGUGAUGGACAAGCAAGGUCGUAUAUGGAACGACUGGAAGGAGGUCGAAGAGUGGGUUGAGAAAGAGAGCAAGGAUGGCCUUAUUCCUGGCAAGCUGGUGCCGACCAUGUUCCCACGGAAGCAGGACGGCGACGCUCCCUCCAUCCCGCUUGAGAGGUGCAUCAGAGUGUAUGCCCACCAGCAGGACACCGGCGGUUUCUUCAUCACCGCACUGCACAAGAAGAAGGAGUUCAAAGCCAAGCCAGAGAAUUUCAAGGCUCUCUCCAACGAGGCAUCUACACCUGUUGUGGCCCAAGAGAGCAAGCCACAACCGGAAGACGGCGGGGCAACGGCAGCUGCUCUUGUCAAGGCCGAGGAGGAAGGAUCCGUCCAGAUCAAGCCCGAGUCGCCUGCCAAAGACAUAAAAAUGGACGAUGACGUUGACAUCAAGACGGAGGGACAAGCAGCCCCCAGUGCUGGGGCCAGCAGCCCACUGAAACGAUCUCGUCAAGACGAUGGCGAUGCGGAGCCCGAGGCCAAGCGCCAACAGACCGACGCUGCACAGGCGCAAUCGGAGGCACCACCUACGGGCUACUACGACGGCGAGAAAGAGCAAGAACCCCCCGUGGAGCACAAGGAUACAGCCGAGCAGCUGAAGCAGGAGAACGGGGAUGCCACCGAACAGAAGCCACAAACCACGUCUGACGGCUAUGGCGACAAGGCUGCCAAGAAAGACGGCAAGCAGCCGUUUGAGGAGCCGUUCAAGUUCCUCUCGCCAGAGAACCCCGUCAUCCAGAGCGUCACGGACUUCUACAAGAUCUCGCCUCGCUUCCCGACAGACCGUUACAUGGUGCGCAACGCAAUGGGCGAGCCCGCCAAGACGGUCUACUACACCAGCGCUCUCGUCCGGGACGUCCUGACCGCCAACGAGGGCCGCUCGGUCAAGUUCGUCCACGGCGGCGUCAAGAUGUUUAUGAAGCAGGACGCGCCCUCGGCCGAGGUGUGCAGGUGGCGCAUCCAGAGCGAGGGCAUCCCCAUCCUGCAGGGCUACGUCGGGCCGGAGCGCGUGGUGGUCCUUCGCAACAAGGAGACCUUCCGCCAGCUGCUGAUCGAGAUGUUCCCGCGCAUCAGCGAGGGCGAGUGGCAGAAGCUCAACGAGAUCGGCGAGCGCGUGCGCGACGUCGGCAUGGGCUGCCUCGUGCUCCGGGUCGAGCCAGACGGCUCCGACGAGGACUUCAACGAGCGCAUGGUCCUCCCGCUGUGGAAGAGCUUCCACUCCCUCAACCUCAUGCUGCCCAAGGAGGACCGCAGUGCCAUGCUGCUGAGGAUAUACAACGACACCACGCCGCUGGUCAACAGCAUCCUUAAGAGGGAUCAGAAGGCCGCUGAGCUGAAGGCCGAGGGCGAGGACGGCGCCGAGGAGAAGGCCGACGCUGCCGUCGAGGCGGCCGCUGAUGGCGAGGCAACUGUCGAGACCGAGGCAGCCGGCGACAACGAUGACGGCGCCCCUGUGGAUCCGAUGGAGGAGGACACGCCCGCAGCAGCACCGGCGCCGGCAGCUUAGUUGGCCGAUCUGACCCCUUGCUUCUUCGGCUGGUUAUCCCCCUAAGACUACGUCGUAUUUCUGGGGAGGCAUUGGGCACCUGUUUGAGUACUUGGCGUUUGGACCGAGGUUGAUUUAGACAAGUUUCAAGAGAAUUGAUACGAGAUUUCGACUGCACGAGGCAAGCUAGUUCGUGUGAAACUCGAACUCAAGGCCCGCUGGGUGUCACACGUGACUUCCAGCGCGACGGAGCUUGCACUGAUGACUGACUGCCGUGACCUAUGUGCUAUGGUAUUCUAAGGCAAGAUCAAUUGUCUUUUGCAAUGACUCAGCCAUAAGAGCAUGCUGUAGAUCUUGCGUGCGAACAGUGUCUUGUUUGUUGGUAUAAGUACUGCUCAGACAUGAUCUCUUCGUACGAACACGCGACUCAGGCCACGCAGGCAGACCGUUCACAAAAUGUGGCGGGAUCAUAGCUGCAGUCGCGGAACUCUGGCCAGCCCUCAAAUCUGCUCUUAGCUUCACCCAAUUCAGUAGGAAAAGGAUAAGGGGGACAACAGGUCUGGAAGACCGAACAACCUUGGAAUUAG